AUCUGACCGGCUGCAACUCCCAGCUGCGCUUCUGGGAAAGUCAGAGCCUCGCGGAGCUUGUUGGGUAAUGAUUACUUGGAUAAAGAAUACACAUGUAUUCUUCCACCUGGUAAGAAAAUAAUCCCACAGGGGAUCUGCCUCUGAGUCGAAAACAACUCCAAAAGCCUCUUCUAAGAGAGUUAGAUGGACUUCUUAAGAACUAAGACUUUUUGUUAAAUGAGUCCUGGGAUUGGUUUGUCUCCGAGGAGGACCUCUAUAUGCGCGCAUGCGUAAGCGCAUGGAUCCCUGGGUAUAUAAGAGGGACCGUGGCGGAACCGGAUCCUUUUUCGGCUUUUGGCUUACAAGAUGACCAAGAAGAGAAGGAACAACGGACGUGCCAAGAAGGGCCGCGGCCACGUGCAGCCCAUUCGCUGCACCAACUGCGCCCGCUGCGUGCCUAAGGACAAGGCCAUCAAGAAGUUCGUAAUCCGCAAUAUUGUGGAGGCCGCGGCCGUCAGGGACAUCUCCGAGGCUAGCGUCUUCGACUCCUAUGUGCUGCCCAAACUGUAUGUGAAACUACAUUACUGUGUGAGCUGCGCGAUCCAUAGCAAAGUAGUGAGGAAUCGAUCCCGUGAGGCAAGAAAGGAUCGGACACCCCCACCCCGCUUCAGACCUGCAGGUGCUGCCCCCAGACCCCCUCCAAAGCCUAUGUAAAGAGCUAGCUGCCCAUCAAGAGUCUUAAGGAAAAUAAACCCAGAGGAAAAUAAAAUGGUUGGUUUACUUUA